AUGAUGAAAAAGGCUCUGCGGUCACCCGGCUGCAAGACGUGGGGUCCGAAGCUCCGUCGUCGUCGUCAGAACGACAUGGCUUGGUAUUUGACGCAGAGGUCGCAGAACACAGCGGCAGCCUUCAAGGAUAGUAAAACCGACUUCCCGCUAAAAAAGGUCCCGGCGGCUGCCAUGAACCAGGCCCCGGACCCCGACGGCCCCGAGCAACCGGGCAGAGAUGCCCGCGGCCCGGCCCACCUCCAGCCGGCUCCUGCCAGGGGGAUGCCGGCGACACCCAGCCUACCCCAACUCAUCCAAAAUGCUGCCAAGCUUCUGGACAAGAAUCUAUUCUCUGUCAGCACCCCGAGUCCGCUGCUUCCUUCUCCUGCGAGUCUUCAGCUUGCUCAGCUACAAGCCCAGCUUACUCUGCACAGGCUAAAAUUGGCUCAGACAGCAGUCACCAACAACACAGCAGCUGCAACUGUCCUGAAUCAAGUUCUCUCUAAAGUGGCAAUGUCUCAGCCACUGUUCAACCAAUUAAGACAUCCGUCCAUGUUUAACACUCCUCAGGGGCAUGCUGUAGGGCCUGCUAUAGCCAAUACUAGAUUUCCACCUGGUGGAAUACAUUUUCCAACACAGAACCCGACUUUGACUGCACCAGGAGGAACCCUGGGCCCUGUAGGUAAUUUGCAGAAUCAAAACCCAAGCCCUGUGGUCAUAAACCCUUUUGGGGGCGUAAUAUCUCAGACAGCUGGACAGCAGGCGGUAGUGAUGGGUCUAAAUAAAACUGGUGUCUCCUCUGCUACAAGUGGCUUUUAUGACUAUGGUAAACAAGUAUUCCCCUCCGAAGCUGAACAAUGCAACCCGCACAGUUUUGUGACCAGUGGGUCUCAUUCAGUUCCAACGUCUUCUGGAGGGGGAACCUAUGAUGGUCAGCCAGGAUUUCAGAAAGAGUUUUAUGUACCCAGUUCUAAAGGCCAGCAUACAACUGGGACACAGUCUUUGAGUUUUUCUGCUGACGCACAUAAUUCUCAUCAGAUUAUAAAUCAAAAAGGAGAGGGUGGUCCUGUUCAACAUGAAACAGAAGCAAAUAAUCAGUGGGAAAAUCCUUCUUUUUUUAGCCACAAUAAACCUGACAUCUUGCCCAGCGCCAGCAUGUGGCCGUCAACAAGUGUCCAGUAUGAAAUAAGAAACGAUCUUUACAAUCCUGAGGAACCAACGCCUGACACAAAGUUUAGUGCCCGUGCUGGGCUCCCUUUCAGCAGAGCCAAUGGCAGUAAACAACAUUUCAACAACUCCCGAGUGAGACAAAAGCAAGAAGUAACUCCAGCAACACCAGAUUUGUCAGUAAGGCCUCUUCAGUCUAUUGAGCUAAAUGACUUUCACAGCAUAGCACCUCCUUGCUACCCCCAUGUCUGUACAAUAUGUGAUAAGAAGGUAUUUGAUCUAAAGGACUGGGAUCAGCACAUUAAAGGAAAUCUUCACUCUCAAAAAUGCAUGGCUUUUUCUGAGAAUCAGUGUGUGUUAAAUUCAGCAGAAGGAAUGUUGCACUCCUCUUCAAAUAACACUUCUGUGUUUAAUCUUUCUGGUACUGAAGAUUAUCCUUUAAGUGCCGGGUCAUCAUACAACUCCACAUCUUCAUUUAGCCAGCCAGGUUCUACAUUCUCUUCUGUACCUUCUGGAAUAAAUCUUUCGCAAAGAAAAUGUGCCCCAGGUCGAGUAGUGCACAUCUGUAAUCUUCCUGAAGGAGCCUGCACAGAGAAUGAUGUCAUCAACCUUGGACUUCCAUUUGGAAAAGUCACUAAUUAUAUCCUUAUGAAAUCUACUAAUCAGGCUUUUCUAGAAAUGGCAUACACAGAGGCAGCUCAGGCCAUGGUACAGUUCUACAAAGAGAAACCUGCAAUGAUAAAUGAUGACAAGUUGCUCAUUAGGAUGUCUAAAAGAUACCAAGAACUUCAGCUGAAGAAACCAGGUAAAAACGUAGCAUCAAUAAUCCAGGACAUUCAUUCUCAGAGGGAACGGGACAUGUUGCGGGAGGCAGACAGUUCACCCCAUAGUCCUUUGAGCACAAAUCGAACAGACUGGGGAAAUGGAAGAGAGCCAUGGGAUCAGUCUCCUUAUUCCCGAAGGGAAGAAGAAAGAGAUGUAAUACCCUGGAGAGAAAAUGGGGAAGAGAAAAGAGAGAGAACUGACACGUGGGUGCAUGAGAGAAAACAACAUUAUCUACGACAUAUGGAUAAAGUAGACUUGGAAGAACAUUCUGAAGUAAUCAGAGGGCACAGAGAAAAAUACUUAAAAGGGGGGUCGCCCAGUACAAAAGGAGUCCACCCUUUGCCUGGAUAUAAGAGCAGAGACGAAAACUAUUACAGAAAACCAAGUAAGCAAAAAUCUGAUAAGUACCAAAAACAAACACUGGAUGCAGCACCAAAGUCUAAAAGAAAGGAGGAAGCAAGGACAAGAGAACACAAACGUUCUCACUGUGAAGAUCCAAUAAAGGGAGAAACACCAGAAGCAAAGCCCAGUAAGAUGCCUGACUGUCUCAGGCCAAAAGAAAAAUUCAAGGAAAUUGAUAAAGGACUAGAGGAAGAGGUACCCAGUGCAGCUCAAAAAGUUGAUGUGAGGAAAGGAAAAGAAAAUGAGAGCAAGGUUGAAAGAGAAAAUUCUGUUAUGGAGAACAGCCUGCUUUCUACAACCAAGCAGAUGAAAGAAAUGGAAGAUUCUAUGGAAUGCUCAGAAAAAGAGAAAGAACAGGACUGGGAGAGUGGAUGUGAAAUGGAAGCUGAGACAUGGUAUCCAACUAACAUGGAAGAGCUAGUAACGGUGGAUGAAGUGGGAGAAGAUGACCUCAUAAUGGAACCUGAUAUAACUGAACUUGAAGAAAUAGUCACAGUUGGUCCAAAACACCAAGAGUGCUCAGAAAUUGGUCCUAUAGCUGCAGUGGAGAUGACUGUCAAGCAGAGUUUAUUAAAUAAAAGUGAAGAGAAAUCUAAUGUGAUGGAAGCAAGCUUUGGGUCAGCAGAGGAAACUCCAGGGAUUCUCAGUGGCUUAGAGGGUGAUGAUGCAGUUUCUAAAGCAUCACAUCUAAAUCUGGACACUGAGCAGAAGCCAGCUGAAUUGCAUGAAGACAGACCUCUUAGCGAUUCUGAUUACCACGAUAAGGGAAGAGAAAUAAAUAAAAGCACUGACAUUCACUUAAACCUGGAGAACCCUAAUGUAACUUCUGAUCCUCCCAAAGAAGAAUUCUUACAGCAGAGUGACACAUUCAUAAAUGAUCAUAAAGAGAUGGAAUCCCUAGAAAGCGGCAGUAGGGAAGCUGUGGAAAAGCUGGUAAAAAACUCCCAGGAGGAAGCAAGCUGUGGCGAUCAGGAGCCUCAAAAAACUCAGGCAAACUGUAGGUAUCAGGAAGUGAAAACUCCUGACUUCCCAGAGGCAGAAUCAAAAAGAACACAUUUUUCACCAUCAUGGGAACAAGAAGAUGUAUUUACAGAGCUCAGCAUCCCACUAGGAGUGGAAUUUGUUGUGCCCAGAACAGGCUUUUACUGCAAACUUUGUGGGCUUUUCUACACAAAUGAGGAGACAGCAAAGACUCGUCAUUGCAGAAGUACUGUUCACUACAAAAAUCUUCAGAAGUACCUAUCCCAGCUAGCAGAAGAGAAUCUGAAGAUGACAGAAAAGGAGAGCAGUUUGACACAGGAUGACAUGGGAAUUGUGCCUCAUUUUGAGAAGGAAAAACUAUAACCUUGGUUAAUUUGAAGUGACUCCUGAUAAUUUGUUGCUGAUCUCCAUGAUGCUCUUUUCUGUUUGUACUCUUUUGAAGGAGUAACAGCACAACGAAGAGCCUGUUCUAUGCAUCGAUUCUCAGAGUGCCAUUAACUCAUUAUGCCUGAAAUGAAGUGAAACAAUAGGAACAUAUCCUUAACCAGCAGAGCUCAGCUUUCUCAUGUUUUGAUAGCUCUCACUUUUAAAUCAGAGUUCUCAGGGAUUCUCACGGUGUUCGUUCUGGUGUGACUUCAGGUAGAUUGUUCAGGGGAAAUUAUCUGGAGGAAAUGACCUGAA